GUUCUUUCUAGUCUUGGCAUCCCGUUUUCUUCUUUAGACUCCCUUCACUUCCUCUCUUCAGUCUCGAGGAAUUGGCUGCAACCGUCAGCUCUUGCGACCUAACUCUUCAUUCCCUUUUGUUUCAUCUUCCUAUCAAACAACCGUCCUGCCUGGCGAAAGCUGGGCUUUGGUUCAGCAUGCAGCUAUGGCUGACGACGAGCGAUCGAGGAACCCUGAUGAUCUCAACACGGACCGCAUUACAAGUUGGCGAUCCAUUGUCACGCUUAUAGUCUUUGUGAUAGCGAACGUUGUUGUUCUAUUUCCAUUUCAUGUACCGAUAUUCAUCCCUCGAUGGCUCCACAAUGCGGCUCUGGAUGGUUUAGCUUUCCUAAGACUGAUCCCUCCUCGGUCCGAUUACUAUGCCAGUGACGAUGGGCUUGCACAGAGCCAGCAAGAGGCCGACAAGCCUGCGAAAUGGUUGCGGUUCGAAUUCCCCAUCAAUUUUCUGACCGGCCCUUUGAUUGCGGACCUCUUUCUGCUUGCCAUCUUGGCUAUUGGCAAGAAAGAGGUCAUCGCAGGGACUUAUGGUGCCGAGAACAUCCACCCGAUCGACAUUAUGCUCUUCUUCAUCACCCUAGCCUACAUCGCCAUCUCUAUCGAUGCCUCUGGACUCAUUAGGUACAUGGCGUUUCGUGUACUGAAGUGGGGAGGGAAGAACGGUCACCUGCUGUUUUUCUAUCUCUACGCCUUCUUUUUUGCCCUAGGAAGUUUCAUCGGCAACGACCCUAUCAUUCUAUCGGGAACUGCAUUCUUGGCCUAUAUGACUCGAGUAUCCAGCAACAUUGUACAUCCAAGAGCUUGGAUCUACACCCAAUUCGCCAUAGCCAAUAUCUCCUCGGCAAUUCUAGUCUCCUCCAACCCUACCAACUUGGUUCUUGCUGGUGCUUUCAGCAUUCGAUUCAUCGACUACACAGCAAACAUGAUCGUUCCGGUUGUCUGCACCGUUGUCAUCCUCUUCCCCUUCCUCCUUUACAUAGUCUUCUCCAACGAAGAACUGAUCCCCAAGUCCAUCGAGAUGCAUGAAUUACCAGAGCAUGCGAGAGGAGGUAAACCCAUAAACCCAAACAUUCCACAUGCCAGGGGCAACACGGCAGAGGGUUAUGAGCUCGAAGAGACGCAGGUGGUCGAACUAUCCCUUGAGGAGAUUAUGAACCCUUUUCUAGACAAGAAGGGUGCUCUUUUUGGUGCGGUCAUCAUGGCCGUCACCCUGAUCACGGUUCUGGCCGUGAAUGCUGCCAUGAGCAGCUCUGGGAAAGAUCAACAUGUCUAUUACGUCACCGUCCCAGCGGCAACAUUGAUGCUUUUAUGUGAUCUUGCGAUGGGCUGGAUGAAUCGCCAUGAUACGCGAAGAAUUGCACAAGAGGGCAGGCAGAGGUUCGAGGAUGCGCGUAUACAGUCAGAACUCAGGGGAACAGAUGCGUACUCGCUUCAAGAGUCUGAUCGACGCGAAGAAACCAUCCAGGGCGCAGAUGCUGUUCCGGUCAGUUCUGGCGAGCCUCGUGAGAAUGUGGCCAGCAACAAGCCUGCCGAUGGGAAAACUACAGCAUUUGGUACUGUUAAUCCCGGGAAUGAUGAAAAAGAGGAUGCGAUACAACAAAGUGAAACAAACACAAUGACACCACUAAAAGCCGACGCCUCGGAGCGGGAGGACUCUGGGUCUAGCGAACAGAGUUCUCGGUACGAGAAGCAAAACUUGGCUUCUACGGGAAUUCAACAAACUUCAGAGUCACAAGGCGUGUUGGGAGCUACAGUGGCCAAGAUGGCAGAGCACGAGAAACCUUUGAAGGGGGCCAAGGGUUCCAAAAACGAGAAAGACUCAGUCUCCAUGAACCGUGAUGCCGAAUUGCAAUCAGACUCGAGGCACGGCAAAAAGAAGGAAAAGACAAAUCUGGUAUACAUGUACAGAAAUGCGCACAUCUGGGCGCAAGAGACGUUCCCCACCGUCAUGGCGGUGUUUGCACACCUGCCUUUUGCCUUGAUCCCAUUUGCCUUCUGCAUGUUUGUCCUCGUGCAGGGCCUCGUCAGCAGCGGCUGGGUUCCCGUCUUUGCCUACGGUUGGGACCACUGGGUCACAAAGACUGGGACAGUGGGUGCCAUUGGCGGCAUGGGAUUUCUAUCCGUCGUUCUGUGCAAUUUCUCUGGUACCAACAUCGGCACAACCAUCCUCCUCUGCCGUGUGAUCCAGGCCUGGCAGGCCAUCCACGACGAGGGCCUAAGCCGCAACCCGGCGAUCAAGGACCGUGACUUCUGGGCCACUGUGUACAGCAUGGCGAUCGGCGUCAACUACGGCGCCUUCAGCACUACUUUCAGCGCCUCCCUGGCCGGUCUGCUCUGGCACGACAUCCUGAAGCGCAAGCACAUCCACGUCCGCGCGCUCGAGUUUGCGCGCAUCAACCUUCCCAUCAUCGCCGUCUCCAUGGUGGUUGGCUGCGCCGUGCUGGUAGGCGAGGUCUACUUGAUGAGGAAGGACGAGCCUCUACAGCUAUGAGAUGGAGAAAGGGAUCUGGUUUUAUGUUUUAUUAUGUACAACUAGCAAAGCGUAGCAUCUUGUUGAAACUGAAUCUGGAAUCGCAACGCGGUAUGCGGGGCUUUUUUUUUCCUUUUUUCUUUUUUUCCCCUGGG